AUGCUGGAUCUUGGGACUGGCUCCAUUGUGUUGGUGGUGGUGUGGUGUGUGGUGAUUGUGGUCUCCGUCUUGGCACAGCGCACCAAACACCCUCGCGCAAUAGCCAUCGCGUGUGCGGCCGGCGCCGCACUCAUCACGCUGAUCUUGGUGACGUGGCCACGGGAAGGAGAAAACCCGCCAACACCAGACCCUCUCCAAUCCGAAAGCGAAACGUACCUGAUCCUGAUCCGGAGCGCCAUCCUGUUUGCAGUGUGUCUGGCCACGCUGCUGAGCUGCGUCUUCUACCUCGUCUUCCACCUGACAGAGCCCGUGCGCGCCAUAUCCGACCCAAGCCGCUGGUGA